UCAACUGAUCUGUUUUUGUGGCAUCUUUAUCCACAGACACUUUUUUGGUAAUAAUCAUAAUGAAGUAUUUUGAUGGUUCCACGUUGACUGUCUUUGUUGUGCUGCUCUCACUGUCAGCCAGCACACCUUCAUAUGUCACAGAGCUCCAGGUUUCUCUGGAUCAGGCUGAGGAGCAGCAGCUGCAGGCGACAGGCUUCCGUAAAGUCAACGUUGACCUGAACAAAGGGGCAGGAGGAAAGUACAUCUAUCUUUGGUACAAAAAACAAAGUGAAGGGGUUCCCAUCACCAGGAUUCAAAUUUCAUUCAACAGUGACAUGGCUGAUGGUUUGGCCAGAGCAGGGUACACCCAGGUUCCCAAAGACCUCAACGCUGGAUCCGGAGGCGACUUCAUCUACCUGUGGUACUUCAAAGGGACCACAGAGUACGACACCUCCAUCCAGGAUGUCGACGUCACUGUCGAUGCAGAAGCUGAAGCCCAGAAGUUUAAGCUGAACUGGGAGAGAGUGACCUGUGACCUGAACCGUAAAGCUGGAGGAAACUGGAUCCACAUGUGGGUGAAGAGACAGAACCAGACCUACAUCUGCGACGUCACCGCCACCGACUCCUAUGGCUCCGACGCCGACCACUUUAGAGAAGGUUAUAUCCGCAUGGACGAAGACACCAACAGAGGCGCUGGAGGAAGCUUUGUCUUUCUGUGGUACCGUCAGACCACCGACCCCAGCCGCGCCCUCACCAGUGUGGAUGUCUCCACCAACGGCCUUGAGUACCAGCAGCUUCAGCAGAGAGGAUUCAGUUCUGUGAGCGUGAACCUUAAUGAGGGCACUAGUGGUGGCAGGGUGUACCUGUGGUACAAGAAAGAAGAAUCUGUAAACCCCAUCAAAACCAUCACCCUCCUCGCUAACACAGGUGCAACUGAAGUGUUUAAGAGGGCGGGUGUUAAUGUUAUUGAGAAAGAUCUCAACUCAGGGAACGACGGCCACCGAGAAUAUCUGUGUUUUUAUCAGUAAGAGCCUUCAGGAUGAUCUGCUUAGUUUGGCUGCAUUACACAAUCAUUUCUGAGUAUUUCCAAUAUGUUCUGAUCAUGAGUGCUACUGCAAGUGACAUCUAAAAAAUGCUUCUGUUAAUUAAAAGUAACUAAAAUCUUUGAUUUGUGACAAUUUUCUCUUCUAUGAUGAUUAAUUUUUUCUGCUGUUCAAUAAAAACAAAUGCAUGCGCUGAAA